ACUACAAAUCCCGGCAUGGCGGCCACUUCCGGUGUCGGUGUUGCACUAAUAACAGUCCGUGCAGCAGGUAGACGACUGACUUUGCUAAGAAGGUGAUGGUGCGAUUUCCCACCUUGCAAUGCUGAGUCGGCUCCACCGUUGUGUCCAGUCCUCCUACACGUCUCUAAGCCGAGAUUUGCUCCACAUGGCGCCUGACCCGCACCGGCCUGUUGAGACGGCCAUCAGAACCAAACUGGGUGACUCUCUCAAGCCAGAAUACCUGGAGGUGCACAAUGAAAGCCACAUGCAUGCCGUCCCGCCUGGAUCGGAGUCCCACUUCCGUGUCUUAGUUGUCAGCCCGCAGUUUGAAGGCUUGUCAUUGAUACAACGUCACCGUCUGGUCAAUGAAGCUCUGAAGGUGGAGCUGAGCACCUGUGUUCAUGCACUUGCUAUCCAGGCGAAGACCCCUGCUCAGUGGGGCAGCAACCCAACUCUUGCCAAGAGUCCGCCAUGCAUGGGAGGAUCUAAGGGGGAUCACACCGUGGAGGAGAAGCUCAAGUCUGGGCGAGAGUGAUGGACCAUGAACAACUUCUUGCUUGAGGGAUGAGACUGUGAACUGAUGAUCGUUCAGAGUUGUAGUUUAUUAUCUUCUUAAGCUGGCAUGGUUGUUUAACUUGCAUAUUCAUUGCAAAUGUAACUCUCCAUUACUAUUCCUGUGUUUGAAAUAAAUGCAUCAAAAGGUUGCCAGUGAGUUUGUUCCAAAAUAAAGUGUUACAGU